AUGGAGCCCCAUAAUCUCCCACCAGCCUACGAAGACUCAGGCCACAACAAUAGCAACCCGUCUCAAGACGCCCCGGCCGAACCGCCAUCCUAUGCAUUGGCUGCCGAUUCAGACCCGCGGGAGCAGCUCUUCGGCAGCGAACUCCCGUCGCUCGUCCUCAACGGUGUCCAGAUCCAUCCCGUCGGCCGCCCCGAUCAGCCGCUGUAUGAGCUCAGCACCCGGAUCUCAGAUGGCAACCGUGGGAUAUGCGGCGUGGAGAAGGUCAUGUACCGCCUGACUGACCACUCGGGCGAGGGCAGCGUCCGCGCCCGGACCCGUCACAUCUACGACGUCCGCCCGCAGGCCCUCAGCCUCCACGUGUUUGGCCACGUCGACGUCAUGGGCAAGCUUGGGCCGAAGAGCACGUACAAGCACAGGGAGCUGGUGACGAGGCGGCCGAACUGGUCGGUGUGCGAGGUGAAAGAUGCCCUCCAAGUGAAGGAAGGGUUCAGGAUCAAGCUGCUCCAGAAGGAGAAGCCCGUUGAGUGGAAGGACAAGGAGGGACGUGUCGUUGCGUUGGAGACGAACCCGCCCAAACCCAAGGACAGCUCAAUAGAGGUCCAGCCCCGUCUGGACAUCCAGUCUGCUGCCCUGGAUGCCAAGGACUUUGAUUUUCUGGUAGCGUGCUGGAUAGGCCGGCUUUGGAGGAUUUACCAGAUUCACAAUGAGGAACCCUUCAGCUGGGAUAAGUUCAAACGAAUAAGUGCCCAAUCUCCGGUGAAAGGACCAGGAAUUUAUACAUGA